AUGACUAGCCAAGGACAAUCAGCGACCCUCGGCCGGGGAGACGCGGAGAACGACGCCGGCGGCUCCAAGGCGGCGCACUUCGUGUUCGUCCCGCUGAGGGAGCAGGGCCACCUGAUCCCGGCCGUCGACACCGCGCUGCUGCUCGCCACCCACGGCGCGGUCUGCACCAUCGUCGCCCCCCCGUCCACGGCCGCGCUGGUGCGCCCGACCGUCGAUUCCGCCCGGCGCUCCGGCCUGCAGGUCCGGCUCGCCGAGUUCCCGCUCGACUACGCCACGGCCGGCUUGCCGGAAGGGGUGGACGACGGCGACAGCAUCCCGCCGAUGCACGUGUGGAACUACUACCGCGCCAUGGCGCUCCUCCGCGCGCCGAUCGAGAGCUACCUCCGCGCGCACGCGCCGUACCCGACCUGCGUCGUGUCGGACUUCGUCCACCCGUGGACCACGGAGCUCGCCGCCAACCUCGGCGUCCCGCGGCUGACCUUCUUCAGCAUGUGCACCUUCGGGCUCCUCUGCCAGCACAACCUCGAACGGUUCCACGCGUGGGACGGCGUCGAGGACCCCAACGAGCCGGUCGUCGUGCCGGGCCUGGGGAGAAGAUUCGUGGUGACGAGGGCGCAGGCGCCGGGCUUCUUCCGGGGGAUCCCGAUCCCGUGCUGGGAGGAGUUCGCGGACUACGUGGAGCGCGCGCGGGCCGAGGCCGACGGCGUCAUCGUGAACACCUUCGAGGAGAUGGAGCCGGAGUACGUCGCCGGGUACGCGGCGGCCCGGAAGAUGAAGGUCUGGACCGUCGGGCCGGUGUCGACCUACCACCAGCGCCGCACGACCCUGGCGUCGAGAGGGUUGCGGACGUCCGCCAUCGACCCCGAAGAGUGCCGCCGGUGGCUCGACGGCAGGGCGCCAGGCUCCGUCGUGUACGUCAGCUUCGGGAGCAUCUCGCAGGCGGAUCCCAAGCAGGUCGUGGAGCUCGGCCUCGGGUUGGAGGCGUCGGGGCACCCGUUCGUCUGGAUGCUCAGGAACGCCGACGGGUACGACGAGGCGGUCCGCGGGUUCCUGCGCGAGCUCGAGGCGCGCGUGGCGGGGCGCGGCCUGCUCGUCCGGGGGUGGGCGCCGCAGCUGCUGGUCCUGUCCCACAACGCCGUGGGCGGGUUCGUGACGCACUGCGGGUGGAACUCGACGCUGGAGGCCGUCGCGGCGGGGCUGCCGGUGGUGACGUGGCCGCACUUCACGGACCAGUUCCUGAACGAGAAGAUGGCCGUGGAGGUGCUGGGCAUCGGCGUCAGCGUCGGGGUCACGGAGCCGCUGACGUACCAGGCGGUGGCGAAGGAGAUCGUGGUAGGGCGGGGCGUGGUGGAGGCGGCCGUGCGGAGCGUGAUGGGCGACGGGGAGGAGGCCGAGGGGAGGCGGCGGCGGGCGCGCGCGCUGGCUGCCAUGGCACGGGCGGCCGCGCAGCCGGGCGGGUCGUCGCACGCCAACCUGCUGGAUCUGGUCGAGCGCUUCCAGCCGGGCGCAGCAGGUGGCGCUGCCGCGUCAGAGGUGUAGCGGCACGCACCUCGUCUCGUCCGUUGAGAUCCCAGGUUGUGUUCCCAGAAAUAAAUCCGAAGUGGGUGUGUGAUUUUGCUUUUGUUCUGGUGUUUCCUGGAACUGGACAACAAUUGGUGAAGCAUCUCGGCAAGUUCCACUUCCAUGUGUGGACAUCUGAGUUCAGCCGGCGGUGGGCCGGUGGUGGCUGCAUGCCUCCUUCCGUCGUUUCUGCUCAUCUGUCUCACUGUCUGUCUGCUACCUUAACUGUGUGCAAUUUGUCGGCAUCACAUUUUGUCGAAAAUUUCAAGCACUGAGUAGAGCAAUGAACUAGCAGGGAAGGCAGACCAAAGAGCAGUAGCACAGUACAGUCCUUUCUAAAUUCUAAUGUUCCUGCUUGCCUGGUGCGGCGCCGUUUGGAGGCCAUUUUCUUAUUUUUGUGCACCUUCGCACGAGGGAAUUCACUGUUGGGGGCAUUUUUAUGUUAACCCUUUCAUGUU